CUUUUCGAGAGCCUUUGUGUAUGAGUACAUAUACAUGCGUGUGCUUUUUUUCUUCUUGGCAAAAGGAGCAGUGUCAGAACACACACAGUGGGAUGCAAGCCAUUCAGUAAUUGUGUUGUGUGUGUGUGCAUGCACACAGUUCUUUGAAAGUGCAAACUGCUGUGGGAGAGGCGUUGGAACCACAUGAAAGGGCUGCAGCUCCAGGGCAGAGCAAUCAAGAGGGUGCUCUCCUGCUUUUUUUUUUGGCUGGAUGUGAAUGGAAGAAAGGUGGUGUGCUGCCUUCAGGAUGGAGCUCUGCAUCUCUGGAAGGUUCUUGCUUUCCUCUGACUUGUGUUGUAUCUUGGGAAGGAUGCUGUGUGCCUUCUGCCUCGGGGAGAGCAGAGAGGCACAGCCACCUGCAGCGUGGCCUCAGCUGGAGAUCAGGGGAGCACGAUGGAGUUGUUAGAUUCAGCAUAUAUUUGCUAUUUAACUGUUUUUAAGAUGCAAACUAUGCAACAAGACCUCUAAAUACUGAGCACUUCUUACUCACAUAGAGCAGUUUAACAUGAGGGCAGACUUGCAGCAGCAAUUCUUGCAGUAUUUCUUCCUGAGGCUGCUGACCACUCACCAUCCACUUGUAGGGCACUGCAUCGUAUCGUUCUGGGUACAGGCUGUGGCUGACAGACCAACAGGAUGAAGAUGCUUAGCACUGGGUCUGUCGCCACUACCUGAAUCAGAUGACACAUUUUGUGCUGACUCAAUCCCAUACUGUGACUGGCUUUUGAAAGCAGCUCACACCCUGGGAUGGGACUGCAGCAGCAGCUCAGAUUAUGGGGUAUGUUAAUAUAUAAUUAAUGGUAAUGAUAUGGACAGUGGUUUAUUACAGGGUAGCUGCCGUGCGUGAGCUCCAGCCUCCCCUUGCUGCACAGAACCGGGCACCUGUGGGCUGAGAGGCUGGGGGCUGCAGGAGGUGGGUUCAAAGCAGCAGGCUGCAAGAUGCAGCAUGCCGGGAGGUGUGGGGCACCCACGCUCUUGGAUGCUGGGCCGGGUGCUGGCAGUCUCUCCGCCCACGGCCAGGUUAGCUGUCUUGCCCCAAAGCAGGUUUUUUUUUUUUCCCAUGCCAAAACAAUUUGGCAAAUUGCAACCCAAAUUUGGGCUAGCGUGACAACAACUUCAGGUGGGUGAAAUCUCAUGCGGGGGCAAGGCUUGCCCCGUUCUCUGGCUCUCCAGGACUGGGCGUUUCUUGCAGGAGGCUCCUGGACCUGGUGGUACAGCCAAGCCUCAGGAGGCCCUGCAGAAUCUGAAUAGCAUGUGGGAUGCUUGCCUACUGGCGAUGGCCCAAUAGGGUUUCUCUAUCGGGCCAGCUCAGGACCAAUGCUGCCUGGUGGUCAGCUUGCCCAGCCCUUGGGUCCCUGGCGCUCCACACCAAGCUCUGUGAGCAGGUUGGGAUGGGGAUGGAAGCUGCCAUCAGUACAGCUCCAAGCGUGGCAGGGCCUCUGUGUGGCCGGCGUCUCUGGGCAGCAGCGGAACCAGCCCUGUGAACGUCUGCAGAAACAAUAGCAAUUGUUCUCCUUCUUUGUUCCCUUCCCUCCCCGGAUGCUGCGGAAGAAGGAGCUGUGCGGGUGGGCAGAGUGCAUUGCCCCUGCACCGUGCUGCCCUCAGCCUUCUUCCAAGAAGUGUGUUUGGAUGUUGGGCAGUGCUCGCCACUGGCCUGUAAACAUGGGCAGCUAUUGCCUAAGCUUGAGCUGACAAAGCCUGAAUCAUCAUUAACAAUAAUAUGAGCUGUCCAUGGGGAAAGCUGUGCAACUGGGCCAUGAGUUGCUUUGGCACAGGGCAGGGUGUCUUCUUGCAGCAGCAGAGCGAAGUGGCUCUGACCACGUUUGGUGCCUGGGUUGGGGAAUCUCCAGCUGCUGGUAGGGCUGGUGAGUGUAGGAUCAGGGAGCAUAUCAGAACUACAGAACGUCCCAGGCAUGUGGGCGCAAGUCCUGGGGUUUCCCUGCCUUAGUUUCUCCAUCCAUUUGUCACCCACUGGCUGCCUGCUGCAAGGCCAACACCGAGGGCUUCCCAUGCAGGGCAGGAGGCUGCUAUCUCUGGAAGCCCAUGGGGUGCUGGUGCUGCAGCAGGGUGGGAUGGUGGGACAGGAAUUGCCUCUGGGAGCUGGUGGCAAGGCAUGCAGUCAGAGCGCUUUGUGAUUUUGCAGUGGCAAUUCCUAAAAAUGGUGCCUUUUGCAAUCCACGUGGCCCUUUGCCAAAACUGUUGUGGCAGAACCCCUCCCAGAAAUUUUGGAAUGAAGUUUUUUAACUGGGGAUGGGGUUAAUGGCAGCCACGGUCGCUGGGUGCUGCUGACAGGUUUACUGGUGUGGGUAUUUCUGAGGGCUGGCCUUGGGGAGCCGCAGCUGCUCCAGGGAACGUGGGAAAGGAUCUUGACUCAGAAGAAAGAGCAGAGCUGAGGAAGGGGGAUGCCAGCACUGGGUUUUCUGCUUGCUCCCAUGUGAUAAUUUGUCUCUCAUGUUUGCUGGGAGCAUCAGCCAGGAGCAAACCCAUGCAUUCCAUCCUCGCUGGGCUGCUCUAUGGUCCCUGGGAAGGACCUGGUGCUGAGUCCCUCCGGAGCUCCCAGGGAGCAAUUAGGCUGUGGGCAGGACCCCUGCGGUGAUGCGGGUGUCCUUCUCACUCUGUUCUCUGUGAGCUCUGUUUGAAAUGUGCUGUCCACAGACAUGCUUCUCAACCUUUCUUCAUCCAGGGAUGGCCCAACUUUUUUGGGAGAAGUCCAAGGAUCGUUUUGUUCAGAACUGCCACAUGGUUUUAUUUACAACCCAUAGGAACUAGGCAAACAUCUCCUCUGUUUGUCUCAUUCUAUCCUCUCUCAGUUGCUUGUGAGCACAAGAAUGUUCAUGGGUAUUUAGGAACAGCUCUGCAGCCCUAUUGCUAGUGCUGCUGGGACAAGGAGCAGGUCUUGGGCUGAGCACAGCCACGGGCAUAGAUGCUCCCAAGCCCUUGUUUAACAGCUCAGGUUGGUUCCCCAGGGCACAUCACCUACAGGUUCCCAAGCUGAAGAACAGUGAAAACCCCUUGGGGCUGUUGCUGUCCCUCUCCUCACCAGCUUCAACCUCAAGCUGUACGGCCAGCCCUGUCUGCCAAAAGCACGUGAGGUUUGUUCUCCCACCUCUUGACAUGUCUGCAUCUCUCUGCUUUUGCAGGAAACAGAUGGGCUGUGACCUUGGGUCUGCUGGUGUCCUCCUUGGCUGCCAGUGGUGUUUUAGCCAGUGAAGUCCCCAGUGUUAGCUGUGCGCUGGUGGGGAGCCUUCCCUGCUGGUGUUUGGGCAGCACGUACAGAUCUGGCUGCUGACGCAUGUCCCCACAUGCUGCCAGCUGUCCAGGCCAUGCUAUCAUGACGCAUGUGUGCAGCACUGCCACAUGAAGUGACUGCAGGGCUGUGGGGCACAGUGGUCACUGUAAGGUUCGGGCCGAGGGCUGUGUUGGCAUGUGCACCUUUGGUGGUUUGUCUCCAAAAACGUCCUGGUUUGCUUCUUGAUGUUCUGUCGUUUUGUGCUGGCCGUCAGCUUUCCAUUCUGCAGUUUGCCUUGCAGGAAAACUUUGGGGUGGGGGGAGCUAAUUUCAAUUGUUUGGAGGAUGGAAGUGACUUGCUUUGUGGCAAGAGGAACCAAACAGCGCUCGCAUUGCGCAGAGAGUUUUUCCACUGCUGUCUCCUGUUUGAGCGCUGUAACCUCGAGGGUUUCUGAACUGGUACUUGGCACGUCCCUGCCCUCCCCAUGGCAGGUCCAGCUGCGAUGCCCAGCCCUAGGCUGGCAGCUGUGCCCUGGGCAGUGGGCAGAGUGACCAAACAACACCUGGAAGGGAGGGAAAUGUCCCUCGUAGGGUCUGGCUCUUGGAGCAGGGUAUAGCAAACUGGAGGAUCUGCUCAGUACAGGCUGGAAUUGCUGCUGACAGCCUGGUGCGUUUGGAGGAAGCAUGGUGCCCACCUUGGCCUCUGUGGGAGCCCAUGUCCUGCCUUCCCCCAUAUGACCUCAGAAAAAUGAAUCACCAAAACUGAAAGGAAGUGAAAGAAAAAAAAAAAAAAAAAAAAAAAAUCCCUCCCAAAAGCCGCCUUCCAGAGGGCUGGGCACAAGAUAAAAGCUCUCUGAAGGAACGGGGCUCCUCCUCUCCCACCGCCGUCUUCCCAUUUAAAUGUCUGUGCAGCGCGGCCAGCCCAGCACAGCCUGCAGCCGGGCAGUGCCCACGCAGGGGCAGGGAGAGCCGGCCCUUAGCCCUGCUCCGACAGACGAUGCGAGAGCACCCAGAGGGCUGAGCACCCCCAAGGCAGCUCCAUGUUGGCCCUGCUGCUCUGGGCUGUCCUCCUCCAGUGGGUGUGCGGCGGGGGUGGCAGGAGCUGGCAGCACUGCACAGGUAGGAGAUGGGGCUGGCGGUGCGGGCAGGAGCUGCAGAGAUUGGUGGUGCUGGGAUAUCUUGCAGGACUCCUGUGCUGCCAGGACAGACCCUGGGAAGCACACUCUGUGGUGAGCCCCAUGAGGGCAUAUCACCAGCCUCUGCCCGGAGCUGGGGUGCACAGGUGGUGUGAGUCUCUGGGUGAAAGAUGCAUCCUACAUCCUCCAGGUGGCAAAAUGUCUUGGAACAUUUUUGUCCCAUCUCUGAUUUUUAGGUGCUUGGGCCCAGGUUUGGUGUGCUCAUGGCUUGUCUUGGGGUGAAACUGCUUCCAGCUGCUUUUCGAACUACUGGGAGCUGUGAUCGGUAGCAACAACUGAUGUGGGAGGGAAAGUGGGACUCACGGCUUUGAUUCCAACAGGAAACCACCUCGGUGAGGUCGUGUCCUUAGCUGCCGAAUGUGGGCACAGCCUCCAGCCCACCUCCAGCCCUUCUUCCCACUUGCAGGCUCAUCCUGGGGCUGAAACCUUUCUGCAAACCCAGGACUGAACUCAGCCCGUGCUUUUUGCUGGGGUGGAGUGGGAAACGUGUAUUUUGUUUUGAUCCUUUCUGAAGCGAGGUGCCCAGGGCAGGUUGUGCUUCCCCCCAGAACUGGGGGGGAAUCAUAGGGUUUGGAAAGGAAUUCUGGAGGUCGUUGAGUCCAAUCUACUGAUGCAGGUUCCCUACUGUAGGCUGAGCAGGAAAGCAUCUACGUGUGCUGGCCAGCCGAGCCCAGACAGUCCAGGCUGUAGCACAGUUAGGAGCCCAAAGCCCGUCGAUGGGAAAUGUGACGAGCGUAGGGCCAUGGCUCAGAUCAGGAGCUGCUGCUUCCCAGAUGUGUGCAAGCAGAGCUCUGUCUCUUGCUGCUAGUUUUUCCAUCUGGAUGAUGCCCCGGGGCUGCGCGUGUUGUUUUCUCCUCUGGGAAAAGGGAUAAUUACUUAAUGAGGGUUUUUAGGCUCUGCCAGGGAAGCACGUGUGCAUGUGUGCAGCCAGGGCUGGGCCGGGAGAGCCCGUGCCCGGCUGGCAGCCUGCAUUUGGGGCCGCUGUCACCCUGCCCGCCCGUGUUCCCGCAGAGCUGCGCCCGCUGGACGUGCUGGCAGAGCUGCUCCCCGGCAGCGGGCCGGCCCGCGGCGUGCGGGUGCUGCAGGCACAGGGGCUGAGCGGCCUCCAGCUCCGCGCCUCGAGGCCCCGCGCCCUGGCCUUCCCUGCCUCACGCCUCUUCCUGCACUGCGACCGCUUCCCGGAGGAGUUCUCCAUCAUCGUCACCCUGCGGGUGCUGGCCGUCCCCACCAAGAGGAACGAGUACAUCUUCACGCUGAUGGCAGAGGAGAGCCCCGGCGUGUUGCUGGGGCUGCGCUACUCGCCCAGCAAGCUGCACUUCCUCUUCUGGAGCCCGGAGCGCGCCGGCGGCUGGCAGAACCGCGUCACCUUCCGCAACGUCUCGCUGGCCGACAGCCGCUGGCACACGCUGGUGCUGGCCGUCUCCGGACCGUCCUUCUCGCUGUCGGUGGACUGCGGCCUCCCCAAGGACGUGGUGGUCGAGACGCCGUUUCCCGCUUCUCUGUCGGUGAGGAGAGCCAGCUUCUACCUGGGCAACAGGAGGAGGAGGAAAGGCUUCUUCACGGGCUUGCUGCGGCAGCUCGUCCUGCUGCCAGGAGCCGAUGCCACCCCUCGCAUCUGCACAGCCCUGAACUAUAAAGCCACAGCACUUUCCAUCCCUGCGGUUCUCCAGGACGUCCCGGUGAAGGCAGUGAGCAACGAGGUGCUGAAGUACCCACACGGAACCAACAUGAAGGUGACCCUUGGGUCCCGUCCGCCCUGCACCAAGCAGGAGAAGGCACAGUUCUGGUUCAAUGCCUCCCGGAGAGGGCUGUACCUCUGCGACGGCAGUGCCUGGAUCUCCAUGCUGGAAGUCAAGCAGCGGCUGGACUACGUGGAAGAAUACCAGGACCUGGUGACCAACUCUGAGACGAUGGGCAUUGAGGUCUUCACCAUCCCGAGGGUUGGACUGUUUGCAGCCACUGCCAACCGGCACAGCCCCCCUGGAUCAGCCAUCUAUAAGUGGACCGAUGGGAAGUUUGUGCUCUACCAGAACAUCCCCACCUACCAAGCUCAGUCCUGGAAGUAUUUCACCAUAGGCAAAAAGAUCUUCCUAGCAGUGGCAAAUUUUGAGCAGAAUGACAAGGGGCAGGAGUUCUCUGUAAUAUACAAGUGGAGCCACAGGAAGGAGAAGUUCGUCACCUAUCAGAGGAUCACCACGCACAGCGCGAGGGACUGGGAGGCGUUUGUCAUUGAGGGAGAGGCUUUCCUUGCAGUGGUCAACCACAGAGAAGGGAAUAACCACAACAUAGACAGUGUGAUAUACAGGUGGAACCCCAGCACGGGACUCUUUGAAACCAACCAGACAAUCCCAACCUCUGGAGCCUAUGACUGGGAAUUUUUUGCUAUUGGGCCUUAUUCCUUCCUGGCUGUGGCCAACACGUUUAAUGGCACAUCCACAAACAUCUAUUCUCACAUCUACAUCUGGCUCAGUGGCUCUUUCCAACUCUUCCAGUCCAUCCUGACUUUUGGGGCUGCUGACUGGGAGGUCUUCCACAUUGGGGACAGAGUCUUCCUGGCUGUGGCUAACAGCCAUAGCUAUGACAGCAGGAUUCCAGCACCCUCUAACUUCUAUGCCAUCAACUCCUCCAUCUAUGAGCUGAACAUCACUGCCCAGAUGUUUGUCAAAUUCCAGGACCUCCUCACCUACAGUGCCCUGGACUGGGAGUUCUUCUCGGUGGGAGACGACUACUUUCUGGUGGUAGCAAACUCCUUUGAUGGCUUCACCUUCUCCAUUAACAGCAUUAUCUACAGGUGGCAAGGCUACGAAGGCUUCGUGGCAGCUCACCGCCUUCCCACUGUUGGCUGCAGAGAUUGGGAGGCAUUUAACACCACAGAGGGCUCCUACCUCCUCUACUCCAGUGCCAAGGAGCCCCUUUCCAAAGUGCUCAAGCUGAAAACCACCUGAGGUGCCCGAGGCACACUCUGCUCCUU